ACAAGGAAAGGGCUACAUUUCGGAGUGUUUAUGAAAAGCCUCGGUACUGUACUGUCACCAGGGGGCAUGCAAUAUAAUGCAUUUCGCCAAACAUUUUGAAUAAUAAUCAUUUAACAACAACAACAACAAAAAAGCCCCAGUCCGGUCGGUCGGCGCUCGCGGAGCCGGAGGAACCAUGCAGCCAAACUUUGCGAAGCCCUUUAUUAUUUUUCUGACAUUGCUCGCUCGCCCUUGAGGAGCCGUAAUUGCAUUAUCUGAUUUUCCCCCCCCCCCUUCUUUUUUUCCCCCUUCCCCCCCCCCUCCCCGCUCCGUCUCUCGACAUUGCAAAUUUGCUGGCAUUUUGGAAGGAGAAGCAGCAAAAGCUACCUAGCGGCAGGAGCCGCAGCGAGCCCUGCUCGCUUGUCUGGGAGUCCAGUGUUGUUUUGAAGGGAGCUAACAUGGCGACGGUGCCCGUCUAUUGCAUCUGUAGGCUGCCAUACGACGUAACCCGCUUCAUGAUUGAAUGCGAUGCCUGCAAGGACUGGUUUCACGGCAGCUGUGUGGGUGUUGAAGAAGAGGAGGCACCAGACAUUGACAUCUAUCACUGUCCAAAUUGUGAGAAAACCCAUGGAAAGUCUACUUUGAAAAAGAAAAGAAAUUGGCAUAAACACGAUACUGGACAGACUACAGAGGUCAAACCUGUACAGAACGGGAGUCAAGUCUUUAUAAAGGAACUUCGAAGUCGUACUUUUCCCAGUGCUGAAGAUAUAGUAGUGAAAGUGCCAGGCAGCCAACUAACAACAGAGUAUUUGGAAGAAAAUGGUUUCACAGAGCCCAUCCUGGUUCCAAAGAAGGAUGGUCUGGGUUUGUCUGUGCCAGCACCCACCUUCUACGUCAGCGAUGUUGAAAACUACGUUGGACCAGAGAGAAGUGUUGAUGUCACCGAUGUCACCAAACAGAAAGACUGCAAGAUGAAGCUGAAGGAAUUUGUGGAUUACUACUACAGUACAAACAGGAAAAGGGUCCUCAAUGUGACUAACCUGGAGUUCUCGGACACAAGGAUGUCCAGUUUUGUAGAACCUCCAGAUAUAGUUAAGAAGUUGUCCUGGGUGGAAAACUAUUGGCCUGAUGAUGCUCUUCUGGCUAAACCAAAAGUUACCAAGUACUGCCUGAUCUGUGUGAAGGACAGCUACACAGAUUUCCACAUAGAUUCGGGAGGAGCUUCUGCAUGGUAUCAUGUGCUGAAGGGAGAAAAAAUAUUUUAUCUCAUCAAACCAGCCUCUGCAAAUAUUUCUCUCUAUGAACGCUGGCAAUCAGCAGCAAACCACAGUGAAAUGUUUUUUGCAGACCAGGUAGAUAAAUGUUACAAAUGCACAGUUAAACAAGGACAGACACUCUUCAUUCCUUCAGGUUGGAUUUAUGCAACUCUAACACCUGUAGACUGCCUGGCCUUUGCAGGACAUUUUCUACAUAGUCUAAGUGUUGAAAUGCAGAUGAGGGCAUAUGAAGUAGAAAGACGAUUGAAAAUUGUCAGUCUAACUCAGUUUCCAAACUUCGAAACUGCAUGUUGGUAUAUGGGAAAGCAUCUAUUAGAGACAUUCAAAGGUUUGCACAAAGCUGGGCAACAACCACCUGCUCAUUUACUCCAAGGAGCAAAAAUUCUCAAUGGUGCUUUCAGGUCAUGGACUAAAAAACAGGCUUUAGCAGAGCAUGAAGAUGAACUACCAGAAAACUUCAAACCAGCACAGCUUAUCAAGGACCUUGCCAAAGAAAUACGAUUAAGUGAGAAUGCUUCGAAAGCCAGCAAAGCAGACAUGAGUGCCAACACAAAUGCUGAGGAGAUCUGUCCUGUGGAGAAGGAGGAGGCACCAUCACCCAUCCAAGUGACACCUCCACCCCCACCUGUAGAAAAGCUCCCUAAAAAAAAGACUCCAAAAACUGUGAAAACCCCCAAACAACUCAAGCCAUCCAAGCCUCCCAAACCCCCCAAGCCUCCCAAACCCCCCAAACCUCCCAAAACACCAAAAGUCAAGGGAGAAGGAAAAAAGAAAGGAAAGAAGGCAAAAGAGAGUCCACCGCCAGCCAUCCCGAAUCUUGACUUGCUGGAGGCACACACAAAGGAGGCUUUGACAAAGAUUGAGACGCCAAAGAAGGGAAAGGCUGCAAAGAAUGUUUUAAGUGUUCCCAAUAAGGAAACAGCUAAUAAGCAAAAUGAGGUGGAGAAAUUUGAACCUCGAGAGCAAAAUAAAAGCAAAACAGAAGCCAAAUGGAAAUAUAAGAACAGUAAACCUGAUUCACUAUUAAAAAUGGAAGAGGAACACAAAUCAGAAAAGACGCCUUUAUCAGGAAAUAAGGACAACAAAUUUACAUUCUCUUUCUCUAAUAAGAAGUUGCUUGGUUCAAAGGGAGUCAAAACCCAACUGAAUACUAGUGUGUUUGGGUCACUGCAGAAUUUUAAAGAAGAUAAAGCAAAACCUGUACGAGAUGAAUAUGAGUAUGUGUCAGAUGAUGGUGAGCUAAAAAUUGAUGAGUUCCCAAUCAGAAGGAAGAAAAACACUACAAAAAGAGAACUGCCCUUUUUAUCAGAUAAAAAAGACACUCUGCAGCAUACUCCUGUUAAGAAGUCAAAGGUGGAGUCGGUGGCAUAUAAGAGUGAUGACUCGUCGGAUGAAGAUUUGCUUCACAUUGACACAGAGGCAAAGUCAGGGCGUAAUUCCAAAGUAAAGAAAGAGAGCGGAAGUUCAGCAGGAAUUCUUGACCUUUUGCAAGCAAGCAAGGAAGUUGGGGGUUUAGAGUAUAACACCAACAGUCAGCCACCUGCCUCACCCAGCACGCAAGAAGCAAUCCAGGGCAUGCUAUCGAUGGCAAACCUCCAGUCAUCAGACUCCUGCCUCCAGGCAUCCUGGGGUACCAAUCAGGCGAAGAAUAACUCCAUCUCCACACAGAACUCUAAAAAAACAGGCGGUGGUAGUAACAAAAAUGCUGGCAAACGGUUACUAAAGAAAAGCACAAAAAACAGUAUUGACAUUGAAGAUUACGAUGAAGAUCAGGACCAUUUAGAUGCCUGUUUUAAAGAUUCAGAUUACGUUUACCCUUCUCUUGAAUCGGAUGAAGAUAAUCCAGUAUUCAAAUCUCGAUCAAAGAAAAGGAAAAGCUCAGAUGAUGCCCCUUAUAGCCCAACAGCACGAGUCGGCCCCUCGGUGCCUCGACAAGACAGACCGGUGCGAGAGGGUACAAGAGUCGCCUCCAUUGAAACAGGACUCGCCGCUGCUGCCGCAAAGCUGUCACAGCAGGAAAGCGCACGAAGAAGGGGAUGGCCACGGCCAAGCAGCGGCUCGGCAAGAUCCUGAAGAUCCACCGGAAUGGCAAGCUGCUCCUCUAGCGGCCUCUGGGCUACUGCCACCUAACUUUGGCCACCACGACGGCAACCCUUUUAACUUUCAGCGGUCGGAGUGUACAGAAUCCUGCUAUAAAUAUUUUUUAAUAUAGAUGUCCUUUCUCAGAGUGCUGAGAGCGACCAGUCCGCAAAAAGUUAACGCACCCGUGGCGCUGAGCAGCGGGAGGCGGUGAGGGGCGGGGGGGCGGGCGGGCGGCGGUGCCUGGCUGCCGUGUAGAUGCGUCUCCUGAGGCAUCCUUUUCCUAGAAUGUAGCUUGUACAUAGCUUUUGGAAUAACGACCACCUGUUUUUUAUUAAGGGGAAAGUCUCUCCGGGUGCCGCCAGCCGCAGCGGCCUGUACCAGCUCUUUGCGUAACUUCUUGUACGAGGAGGGAGACAGUUAUUUUACUAGCACCUUGUGGAGUGUUUCCGUGUUUUGUGACGAUGUAAUUUAUUAAUGUUUGUAGCUUUUUAUAUUUGUACAUUUCUUAUGGGCUUUGUUUAUAUACACACAUUACCGGGGCGCGGCGCCCGCGGGGAACCAGAGCCACCCGCAGCCGUGGCGAGGGCCGUGAGGGCCGCACCGGCCUGGGCGUCGCGCCGGCUUUUUUUAUUAUGAUUAUUAUUAUUAGUAUUAUUAUUUUUUCGCGACAUGUACAUUUCUAACAAAGUUUAUCGUGGCUAUCUAUCUAUGACGGUGUUUUAUUUACCAAUUCAUAUCAAAUGCUCUUGUAUCAAGUUCACGAAAUCUAAGUAAACCUAGAGCAAAGUU